GUCAAAAAUAUUGAGACAAAACAACUUUAGCUAGGAAAACGAGAUUCAGCGGCCAUUGUUUUGGUUUUAAAAGCCAGCACUUUUCGCUACUAGUGGGCUAUAACAUAUAUCCUAGUAGUAGCUCAACCAAUCAGAACGCAGCAUUGACAAAAGACAACUAGUUGGAUUUUGCUAAAGUCAUAUGUACGUGUUGAUUGUUUAUGACCCUCCCUUUUUCGUAUUUGUAUUUUUAUUCCCUGACUUUACUUACAUGCAUAAGAACGGGAUUUAACUGUAGGGGGUCAGAAAGGGAAUUUGAUUGAUUGAUUAUCCUCUCCUUGCAGCAUAACUCUAACCCCUCACACUUCAAGUUCAAGAAAAGAAAAGAUAUUAACUAUUCCUUUCUUUCUUUUUAUUUCGUUCUUUAUCAUUAGAUAUGUUAAGAAUGACCUGGACCUAUCGUACAUCACUUCCAGAAUUAUGGGUAUGCAGCAUUACUUCCUUCACUUUUUCAUCCUUUGGCUAAAAGAACUUAUGGGAAGCUGUGAAAAGAAAAAGCUCAAAUUUGAUUAUAGAGUUAACAGCACCACUUAAAACUCUUUUAAAAUGUUUUUUGUUGGAAUGGUUUGCUUAUAGACUUAAUCCACUGAGGUUUCAUUUGAUUGAUCAUCCUCCCCUUGCAGCAUAAUUCUAACCCCUUACCUCCGCCUGGUUAGCUCAGUUGGGAGAGCGCCGAUCUGCCGAGUGGGAGGUCGCGGGUUCAAACCCCGGCUGGACUAAGACUCAGGGUCUUUUAAUAACUGAGAAGAAAGCACUUCCUUUGUAAUGACAUCUGCAAAUGGUUAGACUUUCUAGUCUUCUCGGAUAAGGACGAAAAACUGUAGGUCCCACCUCACAGCACUUUCACUGAUUUGUUCUUGUGGGACGUAAAAGAACCCACGUCACUAUUCGAAAAGACUAGGGGUUGUAGACCCUGGUGGUGUGGCCAACCAUUACAGGUUGUAGGAUUGGGUAGGGAUGGCUCCUUGCAUGGGACCUGAGUCCCGUUUCUGCACAUUCCCUCUGGGCAGGCCUGUGUUCAGAAAAGCUGGUAAAUAAAUUGAAUGGUUACGCACUUAAAAAGUUAGAACACACUAUACAGCAUAAUAAACAGCGCCUCUCUGUAAUACGAACACUUCUCUCUGUUCAUUUUGUGUCAAUAGGAAGUAGCUUUGACAGGAAUUUUGGACAGUAUUUGCGUUUUUGUUUUCUUAAGUUUUAAUUGUUGCUCUUUUUUCCUCUUUUAGUGAUGUCUUAUCCAGCUGAUGGAAUUGAGUCUACCUAUAAAAACAACAUCGACGAUGUACGAUCUUUUCUAGACUCUAAAUAUCCCGAGAACUAUCUAGUAAUAAAUGUAUCACCCAGGACAUACAGGACAGAGAAACUCAGCGACAGGGUAAGUUCAUCUUCUUUUUACCUAGAUUUUAUAUCUGUAACCGGCUAACACCUCAACAACCCGUUACCGCCCGUGUGCAAACACCUCCCUUGUACCGCUUGUGACGUCAUCAGUUUGAUGUCCAAAGAUGAUCUUCUCAUUUCACGAGUCUCUUUGAUCAUCUAUCAAAAAAUGUGAUAGGUGAUGUAAGAGCACAUGCUCGAAGUGAAUUCUCAAAAUGGCGACUGCGUCAAAUGACGAAUUUGCUCUUAAAGAGCCAUGAAGCUUUCUCGAACAAAUGUAGUUAUACGCACAGUUGAACCAUAAACUAAUUAGUUUUUGUCUUAUGACAUUAUCAAAUUCAAAGCGGCAUUUAAUUUUAAUUUAAUAAUCUCUCCCUCACUAUUUAGGCAGUUUGAGUUGCCAAUCAACAAAUUUGAAUUUUCCCUCUUGACCAGAUCUCGCCUCACACUUCAUCAACAAGAGAUUUUGGUACAAAAUUAGCUGUAAAGAGCAGCUCAGAGUGACAGCUAUAAUUUUCGAAUUCUUGUAUACCUGCAAAAUUUUGAACAGUUAACCAGAGACUUUAGAAACUUUGGUCCUAUUUUACAGGUGUUGAAUUGCUGCCUGGUGGGUCAUAGGCUUCCUCCGCUAGAGAAGCUGUUAUCCCUGUGUAGGAAGAUGUAUUCUUGGUUGAAGACUGAUAAGAAACAUGUGAUUGUCAUACACUGUCAGGUAAUGCCAAAAGCACCACAAUUUCGUACUGCAGUCAAAGCUUUCAGACUCCCCUAACUACUCCCGGGAUUGGCCAAGGUCAAACUUCGGGAAAAAUUCCUAAUUCUGUUUUGUAAUUUAAUGUCAAACAGAUGAUGCCACGUGAAAGUACUACUAAAGAGGUUUCAUGUGAAUGGUAACACCAUAGGAUUUCAUCCUUAGACUCAAAAGUUAGGGCCACAUACUAAAUGAUUAGUACCACUUGAAAGUUCUUUCAAAGCGGUUUCAUUCGAAUGGUCCAUGGCACACCAGAGGAUUUCAUCCACAGAUUCAAAAGUGAGAACCACCUCCCAAAUUUCUAUCAUGCAGUUUGCAUGGGAUGGGCUCGUGUGGGAGUGAAAGGGUAAACGGAUCAUUUGAGGUUUUUGGGUAACUGACCACCUACCCCUCCCCUAACUAACAAUUUUGCCUUAAGUGAUAUGUAGUGUAAAGGUCGAGUAAACCCGAACAAAGUGAUGUUCGUCAACGUACCCUCCAUUUUGUUUACCAGGAUGGUAAAGAGGCAUCUGGUGUUAUUGUAGCAGCGUUGUUUGUAUUCUGUAAAUUGUUCAAAAACCCUACCGGAGCAGCCGACAUGUUCAGUAUUCGUCGUUGUGGAAUUGGACACAAAGUGUCAUUGACAGCAUCACAAGAACGGUAAGCCUGCCAUUCGUCAGCGCGCUAUAUAUCGCUCAGUUAUUGUAAUAGAAAGAAAUGUAACACGCGAAGUGAUGGAGUUAAUAACUUUCGAAAAUUAGGUUAGUUCAAGUAAAGGUCUUGCAACACAGGAUUCAAUUUAAUGAAACUUUUACAAGGGGAAGCUGAUCCCUUGCCACCAGGUCCAUGGUAAUUAGAACGAGCAAACGUUGACUGCAAGUCUAAACAUUGUACUCGCUAAUUGAUGGACUUUUUCCUUUGUUCCUGUAGUUAUCUACUUUAUAUAACUCAGCUGAUUAAUAACCAGGAGAUGAAGCCUCAUCAGUAUUCAGUGUACAUCAAGUCAGUUACCAUGCACCCAGUCCCAGCCUUUAACAAAGCCAGGUAUGGAAGUUUUGAGUUUUCCCUGGGAAUUUACCGGUACAUCCCAGGUUUUGAGUUUUCCUGGAAAUACCGUUGCAUCCCACGUUUUCCCUGGAAAUUUACCGGUACAUCCCCCGUUUUGAGUUUUCCCUGAGAAUUUACCAGUACAUCCCACAUUUUGAGUUUUUCCUGGGAAUUUACCGGUGCAUCCGACGUUUUGAGUUUUCCCUGGGAAUUUACUAGUACUUCCCUGGUUUUGAGUUUUCCUGGGAAGAUACCGCUGCAUCCUAGGGUUUGAGUUUUCUUAGGGAAUUUACCGUUGCAUCCCACUUUUUUAGUUUCCCUGGGAAUUUACCGGUACAUCCUACGUUAUAAAUUUUACCUCGGAAUUUACCAGUACAUCCUACGUCUUGAUUUUCCCUGGGAAUUAAACCGGUUUACCCCUUUAGGUACGCAUGCGCGGCGCCAAACUGAUCUCAGACGAGGGUUAAUGUCUUGAUUUAGUAACAUCUCAAAUAAAGCACUUCAAAUCUUAAGUUAUCACUAUCAUCAGCAUGUAAUCAAAUAGCUAAAUUACAAAAAAGUUGUUAGUGUCUGAAAACGGGAAAGUGCAGACUUCAUGGUUCUGUCUGCUACAUGAAUUAUUGUGCGCAAGGGCCUUGGCGAAGCCAUUUGGCAGAUUUAUCCCUGCAUUGUUUGUGGUAGUUAGUAUUGUACGAACAGUUGUGUUCAAAAAUCAUUCUUUUUUCUUUAGGAAUGGCUGUCGUCCAUUUAUUGAAGUGUACAAUGGAGAACAGAGAAUACUAACGACAGUUCAGGAAAUUGAAAAAAUGAGGUAGGGUGCCCAUGUUGUUAGGGAACCUAAGUAAAUAAAUAAAUCGCAAAGAGCAAUGAUAAAGAAUCAGAGCGUCGCCAUAAUUCUUUUGAAUACUGUUCCAAGCACUGUUUUUAUUGAAUUUCUUUUUACAGGGAGUACAAUCUAGGUGACGGUAAGGUGUCGUUCCCUGUGAAUUUUACUUUGCAAGGAGAUGUGACCAUUGUAGUGUACCAUGCUCGCUCCACGCUUGGAGGCAAGGUACAGGGGAAGGUUACUUCCAUGCGAGUGUUCAUGCUACAGUUCCACACUGGCUUCAUCAAACCUUCAGCACAGAAACUCAAAUAUUCACGGUAGGUCCCGUAAAUAAUAUACUCAUUUAGCUCCGCCAAAAGCGGAGCUCUCGUGAGAUAUUUUAAGAAAUGUCUUUCUGGAGUAAUUCAAUUUUGCCAUAAACAAGAAGCAAACUGAAUUCCCCCCUGAAGAAAUGGACCUGAGCCUGUGAUCAAUUGAAAACCAAUAACUGCUAGCGGAGAAUUCAGUGAGUUGUACACUUAAGCCUGCGAUACAGUCAUGUGACACUUGUCAGCGGGUACUCUAUUUUGAUAGCUGUCACUUGACUGCCAGGACCUCGCUACUGAUAGCUCACUGGCAGAUUUCUUUACAUUUGAGAAGUGGUCGCCCUUAUAUACAGAUAUUUCAAUUAACGUUGUAGUAUGGGUAAUUUCACAACCCAGAAACUUUCGAUGCAGUCAUGAAGAAACUCCUCUGUAAUAAAAUCAUAAACAUAAACUUUUGUGACAUUUUAUUGCUUUUUCUGGCAUUGUGAACCUUGAAGUUAUGUCCGAAUUACAAAGAAUGUACAGCUAGCCACAUUAACUUACGGUCUUAUCGUGUAGGUUUGAGGCUAUAAUAGUUUCUGCCAUUUGUAGAUUUUUGAUCAAUUUUUAUACCUUCUUGUCUUAACAGAGAGGAGCUGGACAUCAGUAAAGACGACGAAGGAAAGUUUACUUCACGGUUUACUGUAACAUUAGAUAUCACUGUGGAUGCAGAGGAAGUUAAAAGUGCUACCCACACCUGGGACACACUCAAAAUCGACAAACUCUUCCCUCAAGUCUGUUUCUCCACCAAAGAAGAGUAUCUUGAGUGUCAGGAGGAGUUUGGUACGUGUAUGAUCAUAGGUUACGGUUGUCGAUCUAUCUAAGGGUUGCGCCUGGGGUCACACGGUGUCUGGCGAAUUUUCGAAACGUCCGAGAUUUUCGCCCUCUUCACACGGAACUGACGAAUCAGGUUGAAUUUUAACCUCUUUCAUUGGUUUUAACAUCUGCCACUAAGCAGAGUGCUUCUUUAGCAAAUAUAAAGUGAUGUCUUCUAGCCGAGUUCUUUCCCACGCAUUCAUGCAAGUACGUCUUUGCCGUACAAAAAUUUAGACGGUCACACUGCGCUGGUAAAAUUUACGACCGUACCGACUAAAAACUUGACCUCGAUUUUUGCGUUCAAACAUCUGAACAGUUAGGCGUCAAAAUUUUCGGACGGUCAGUCAGGUUCUAUCUGAACGGACCACGUAAAUGCCCAACUUUUUAACCCCAUAGCCUUAGACCAAAUCGAGAUGAGUCAAGUUGAUGCAGUCGUGUAAUCCGGUUUUGUUUCCCAUAAUUGAAGCGGAUUAUCAUACGUUUCUGUGAAACUGCCCACCUACCCCUCGCCUAAGCCAACAUUAACACUUACUUCUCACUUAGGGCAAAAUGUUAGACUAGGGGAGGGGUAGGUGGGAAGUUUCCCUUAAACGUUUAAUAAUUCGUUGAAGCCAUGUUUGUUGAGUUCGUUAUUGCUGUUCUCCUUUUUAUCACAGUUAAUGCAGAUGAUAGAGAAUCAAACAUGGUGUUUAACUGCAAGUCAAACGAAGUAGAGGAGGACGCGGAUGAAGUCACUCUACAGCCGUCUGAAAGCGCAGAUUCCGACAGUUCCGAUGGUGCAUCAGCAACCAAGCCAAACAAGGACUUUUUCUCAGCAAUAAAUUGGCAAGAAGCUAAUGCCAGAUCGUCAACAAACAAGGACUCCUUUGAUGAUAGUGAUGACGAUUUUGGGAACCUGCGCAGUGAUGGGGACAAUACCGCUGGGCAUGGAUCAUCGCAGGCGCACGAUUUCUUCUCCGAGAGAGAAGGAGUGGAAACUAGUGCCCAGGGUGGAAUGGACUUGUUUAAUUUGAAAUCGGCAUCUAGCGAGGGAAUGGAUGAACGCUUAUUUAAUUUUGAGGAUAGCGAUUCCGAUGAGGAAGAGCCGGUCAUUAGCAAGAAAACUGUUAACGUGGACUUGUUGAAUUUAGGAAGCAAUAUUAAAACGCAGCCAAAUGAGGACAUUCAUGGGGGCACCGUGAAAACUAAUCAUGUAGCGGUCACCGACGAUAUGGGAGUAGACCUGCUUAAUUUAUCUCCAGGUAAGAUUGUCACACGCCGGCAUAUAGCAUAGCUUGGUGCGUUUGGAUUUCCGCCCCAUUCUCCUCGCGGCUUAACCGCCCAUUUGAAUGCUCGACAAACAAAAUCGCCUGCUACGCAAGCUAGCAUUGCUAAGUUACCCCAAUUGCUCCCUUCUGCCUCGCUCGUCUACCUGCCAACGUUUUCAACAAAGUGAUACCAGCGCCGUACAAACGACUUGUUGACGAGAUCAAGCAAAACUAACUUGUAGAGAACGAGUGGAUAACGUACAAUUUGACUAACAAUAGACGACUGUUCAACUGUGACAACGGACGGAUCGAAACACACCUGAUUACGAGUCUUCAUAGUCAAUAACAUCACGGCUUAACUGACAGACGACCAAUAACAUCGCGACUUAAUUGACCAAUCAGAUCAAUAACCAGAGUAUAAUACCAUCAACUGACGUGAUACAACUCACUUUGACUCUGAAGAUGACUACCGCACAUGUUGUCGAAACGUCAGUCACUGUCAACAACAACAGUCCUAUUCAGGACUACGUUCACCCGGACGAUCAAACUCAACCUACUGUUGAAAUACUCCUAGGUUCAAACCUUUCACAAAGUGAUAGAUAUCCUAAGCCGCAGUUUACCCUUUCGUUCGGAACAAUUUGCGCUGUCUUCUUUAUGUUUUAAAUCAAGAUCGGUGCCCUCCCCUUUCCCCCCCCCCCCUCCCCCCCUCCCACACACACACACCCUUGGACAGUCGUUUUUAAAGUGGAUAACUCAAUCCUUUAGAAAAAAAAAAACUUGUACCUAGAUAAAGAUGCCUUUAGUUAUCUACUAAACGGUGAACCGUCUAGUAAUUUGUGCUACCAUUUUUUUAAAGACCAAACGCUUUGUGCAAUUGUUUCUGUUCUUUCCAAAUGCAAAUUUUACGUACAAAUUCUAAAGUUUUAGAUGAAUCCUACUACCUGGGCUUUUGUAUUUAAAGGCCGCACUCCUUAGCUAAAACGUGCCUUUUCCGUAACCCUAUGAAGAAUGUAAUAAAGACCGCCUCAAGAAAUGGGUCUAUCCUUAAAGACUUUUUUUGAGAAAAAACUUUUACUCGUCAAUUCAAUAAUUAUCUGAAAUCUAAGUUUUCCUGUAAGGAUUCCAUUGAAAUACAGCUUUUACCCCUCUUUAGUGAAAAAAGAAAACUCCCGAAUUUUUUUAUCUCUUUCCCUGAAGAACUCUACUAAUUUUAUACCUUAAGCGUUGAGAAAUCCACCCGACCUCAACUCAAGGGGGUGUGCAUUGUAGAAACAAGAGACUAAGGGGUACAGUAGUGUCUUCACUGUUAUUUAGUUCAUCUAUAGAUAAACCUUGUACUUGUAAUAUGUCUUCAGAUCCCCCCGCCUCGAUUAGUUUAUAAGCUAUUUGCGGGUGGGAAAGUAAUGUAAUUGGUUUUAUUUCCAAUUUUCAAUAAAAUUUGUUGUUUGUUUUUUUUUUUGUUUUGAUUUUUCUUUUUAUCUUGUGUUCCCGUAUGAAGGUGGAAGCAAGGACAGUCAAAACGUGGAUCUUUUUAGCGGCACGGAGAAAAGCCAUCACAGAUCAAUGAAACGGAAUAAAAGCGCGGAUGACGUUCUCAGCCCUGGCUUGCUCCACGAUGAAGAGGAAUUUUUCAGUCAGCUAGGAAGCCAUAGUGCUAGCUCAAGUAGAGAGAAUGUAACGUCUUUUAUGUCCCCUAACGAAGAUUCUGGAACGUUUGAUCCUUUCCAGACCACAAGGACUAAAUCUCCAGAAAAUUCCAGCCUUGAAUCUGGAGAGCCAGAUUUGUUCGAUCCGUUCAGCUCUAAACGCCGCGAUGAGAAGUCGUCGACGAACGAGUUUAACCCUUUUGCGGCAAGGAAGGUUGAGAGUAACUCAUCUUUGGAUCCUUUUGCGUCGAGUCAAUCUGCGAGUGAAAAUGAAAGUUUCGAUCUCUUUGCAACACAAAAAAGUGGAAGUAAAGCCCAAUCUUUUGAUCCUUUUGGUUUUCAGCCGGCGAAAAUCAGUAGCAGUACUGCUGGUUCAAAAAGCAAUGAAUCAAACUUUGACGCGUUUGAUAUGUUGGGAGGAGCAUCCACAGCCGCUAGUGAAGAUCUUUUUGGUGUAAGUAGUUCCCAGGCACCUACGGCCACAGUGCAGGGCCAGGCUAAAAGCAACGUGGACUUGAUCGGAGACUGGGGUGGUAGCUCGUCCGCGUCAUUUCUGCAACCCAAUAGGGUACCAUCGCCAAAACUGCCCAAAGCGACUAAUGGCUCAAUUCCGCAAAGCAAACCGAAGUCGAGCGAUCCAUUCGCGGACUUUGGCAAUUUAAAGUCUGGUUUACCAACUUCUUCAACUGCGCCAAAAUUCCCCUCAGCGGCUACGUCACCCAAACCGCAGAAGAAACCAGGGCCUGGUACUAGUGCCAACCCCUCUUGGUCUCGCCAGUCCCAGCAACCCUCGUGGCAGCCUGGGGCUAAAUCUUCAUCACCCGCGCCCAAGGCGCAAAGUAAGCCAAACUACGCACCUUCUUACACCAUGUCAGGUUCUCAUGGAGUGUUUGGCGACUACGGACAGAAGUGGAGCGGUGAGUGUUUAAUAAUCUAUAUUAGUAUAGGUAAUAGCAUGAUUUGUAGUGAUAUUUGGCAUAAAUACCACGAGUGAUAUUUCGAAAUUGUUAUACAUAAUUUCACGAGCCGUUAGGCGAGUGAAAUUUGAGACAAUUUUGAAAUAUCAGGAGUGGUAUUUAUGCCGAAUAUCACGUACAAAUCAUGCUAUUAUUUGUUUAUACUACUACCUGCAAAAGGUUUGUAAUUUUAAAAUGUAGGUAUUUCAGAUUAAGCUGAAAUACCACUGCUCUAAGCCAAUCAAAUUGCAGUAAUUUUCAUGUAGUAGUAUAAACUUUUAAAUUUUUAGAUACAGUCCACCCUGUUCUUACAUAUAUUUUAAAAUUACAGGUCACAAUUUCAUUCAGGUAAAAAUUUUUAACCUAGUAGGUUGAUUCUCAAUUUUCGUUGUGCUCCUAGCCCUAAUUCAUGAAUAGCGAUACCACGCUUACUCCACAUAUAGAUAUUAGAGGGCCAACCAGAAGCACAUUGGUUCAUGAAACAAAAGAUUCUCUUGUUUCACUCGCUACAAAUUUUAACAACAAAAAUGACUCUCUUCGACACUGAAGAUGACUACCGCACAAGUUGUCGAAACGUCAGUCACUGUCAACAACAACAGUCCUAUUCAGGACUGCGUUCACCGGACGGUCAAACUCAACCUACUUUUGAAAUGACUCCUGGGUUCAAACCUUUCACAACAAAAAUAAUGUUUGUAGAUAGUGAUGUCUCCUAUAAUUAGGGUUAAGAGAUAAAGGAAACUGAAUAUCAGCCUACCCGGAAGGUAAACAAUUUUUACCUGAACUUAAUUUUGACCUGUGACAUAUAUAUUAACUUCUAUUUUAGGUUCAAUCUACGUUGUCUUACAAACACCUGUUUGAAACGAAAACACAAACUCUUUCAGUUUGCUUCUUCACUUCAUGAAAAUGAAGAAAAGAUCGUUGUUAAUAAUGAAGACGUUCAAGUUUAAGCGGAAGAAGCUAGAGGGUACACUUCGGAUGACAGGAAAAAGUUAAUGUUUUUUUUAAACAUUCGCUUUGUUUUUUGUUUAGAUAAUUAGUUUUCGAUCCAAACAGCUAAGUAGGCGCUUUCAAAAUGUAAGUUCUCAUGGGAAAUUAUAUUGUUUUAUUUUUCAAGCGCCCAAAAAAGUUGGUAGAGACGAAUUUAGUGACAUUCUCAAUGCACAAGGCUUUAAAACAACAGGGGAUCAGGAAGGAGAAGCUCAGACGCUGAAGGCGUUGAAAAAGGAACAAAACAAACCUCUUGAUCCAAUCAGGGCCAAGGUAACGUUCCCUUUGCUCAUUUUUUUUCUUUUUGUAGUUAUCAUUUAUUACGGAAACUGUGAUUGUGGUGGCAAUAAUUGUAAUGUACGUAAUUAUGAUUACCUUAAAAACUCAUGUGUCAAACAAGUCUAAAAAAAUUAAAGCUAAGUCUCUGGACAAAAUGUUGGAGGUUUAGAGGGGAUGGGGAUUUAAACCCUACCGUAAACCAGGAUAAUGGAAGACUCCAAGUGCCAUCCAUUCGAGGAAAACACAUGUUGAAAUCCGUGCGCGUAACCCCAAGCUAGCCUGCGAACAGAAGACGCAUUUCGGGUCGUCGCUUCUCUCCCUCCGAAAAAUGUCUCCUCGCGACCUCGCGCGCUGGAGGGUCUUGGAUUUCGGCGCGAGUUACCAAAUACGCUUUGGAACGUGAAUUUCACGACCAUAACAAGGCUUCCUGCGACGUUGAACGCUGACGUCUUUAUGAAGCAACUGCUUCUUAAGCUGUGUAUGUGAUGUGGGCCUUUGGUUUCGCUUUGUAAAAUAAGGUAGUACGUGACAUAAACAAAACCUGGACAAAAUAAUCGCUACAUCGCGCUCAGACUUUAACCAGCGCUGACAAAAGGUGGUGAAUCAAUUAUACAGACACAUCCUCGACUGAUUCAGAAAUCUCUGACAAUCGCUUGUCAAUAAUAUCGCCACAACACAAUGAUCUGAAAUAUUAUAAACCUAGGCCAGAUCAAGCGUGAAAUACUAAAAUUGUUACAGCAGUAAAUUGAUCAUAGUCGAGAGGACAUUUUAGCUACGACGCUUCGACUCAUCUUACAAAAAACUAUGGAAAUUAAAACCUUGAAAAGAACAUGUGUUUAAAGAAAUAUAAGGACAAUUAUAAAAUGCUUUCGAUCUGAUCAAAGUUCUGUCUGACCCAAGAAGCAACCACGCAUGGGAAAUCAAUUACCACACGUACUAGCUUCAAGAUAAAGCAUAUGUACUAAAAAAUAUCUAAAGCGGCACACGACAAACUAUCGCAGAGUUCUCCAAAGCAUACUUUCCUGCCAGGAACCAGAAAAAAACAGAAGCAACAAACGGCAUGAUGCUCUUACUGUCAUUAGGACAUUUAUCGUUUCAAAUAAUGAUCAAAACAACAAGGUCUGAUAAAUCAUUGACUCCGUUAGCCUGCAGUGCAGGCGUUUUCUUUGAGUGCGCAAUUUGCUCGCGAAAGCGCCAUGUUGAAACUUCCCGAAGAGAGGAGGAAAUGGGGCGAGUCAACUCCGUAGGCAGAUAGAUAAAAAAUGUCCUCUAAUCUUUUCUUCAAUAUGAAUCCUCUUGAUGCUUAUUUCAUUAAUCAGUCCCACAAUCCUGGCAAAUUAACUUUCGUAAACGCUUCGUUCUGAGAAAAAAGGGCGGCUAUACACAAGCUACGUCGUCCUUUCAAUUUCGACUUAUAAACAUAUCCACCACGCACGAUCUUGCGAGAAGUCUCGCGAGUUAGUUCCUUGAUUUUAAGAGCUAAACCGUGAUUGGCUAAAAAGGUUGUACGUCACGGAAAGCGUUUUGCCGCUGGGGUUCGUAGACGCUAUUUUCGGAGGGAGAGAAGCGACGACCGGAAAUGCGUCUGCUGUUCGCGAAACCCCGAGCGGGCCAACCUCCAGUUUCCUGUCGAUAAGGGCUGCAGAGGUGGUGGAAAGACAAGGAUUUUAACGGUGGUGACGGAAAAAAUGACCAAGGUUGAGAUAGUGAUAAUGAUGUAGUAACGGUGAUGACGAUGAUGGUUAUGGUGAUGCCUCUGAUCUUUUUUUCUUUGUUAACCUUUUCACUGCCAAAUUUUACGGAAAGCAAAUCCCCAAAUUUCACUUUGUGAAAUUUUGAAGAAUAAAUAGCAUCAUGUGCAAGUAGGGGCAGAGAGCUUUCAUUUGAAUGGUCACAUCAUAGGAUUUCAUCCAGAGACUCAAAAGUUACCUUACAAAACUCCAUCAAGCACUCUGGCAGUGAAAGGGUUAAGUAAAGGCAGUCAGAGGAUUGCAAAGACAGACGAAGAAAAACCAAACAAAAGGGUCGAGUUAACACCUUCACAACUGGCGAGCAAAAUAGCGAGAAUCAAAAGAGAUUGGAUUCUCCAAACCAAUGAAGAUUACAACUUUUAACCCUUUAAACCCUAAGAUCAAAAUUUGAAUUCUCAUUUGUUGCCCCUAUUCAUUUCCUACAGAAAUAGAGGGGAGAAGUUGAUAAAGUAUCAAGCAAAUUCAUCUUUUAUGAUUACGUCCGUAAUUCUCAUGACCACUCUGGUUUACAAAGCGUUGAUAUUACAUAGAGAUAUUUGAUGCUGAUCACUCGUAGUGCUUAAAGGGUUAACGUGUUACUUUUUUGUUGAAAGGUGGAUGAGUGGGCUGAAGGAAAGAAAGGUAACAUUCGGGCCUUACUGUGCGGUUUACAUCUCAUUUUGUGGGAUGGUGAAGAGAGAUGGGAGCCCUGUGGCAUGCACAACCUGGUGAAACCCGCACAGGUAAGAGCCACGUGCUGGAGACUUCUGGCUCACGUGUUUUAAUCCUUAUGACCAGCAAUUAUUUGCACCUUCGGUUGUCUUUUAUCGACUGCCGUUUAUGACUAUCCCUCACUAACCUUUUAGAGGCAGUCUAAAUCGUGCAAGGUGUUUCUUAUCGUUAAGUGGGUGUCAAAAAUCCUUAAAUCUUUAGAGCAAUUUUAUGGCAUUUUACCCCUUCUUCAAAGUAGUAACUAGUGAGUUAUUUGUGAAAAGAUUUUUUACGUUUGUUCUUUAGGUGAAGAAAUGGUACAGAAAAGCAGUACUCUCUGUUCACCCUGACAAGGUACUAUAAUCAGAUAAUGAGUUAGGUACAAAAACGCGUGGCGGGAUCACUGUUAGUACUUUGCGAUUUUUCUUCCUUUUUAAUUUUUUUCCACGCCACUGAGUUUGAAACAAGAGAGUUAAAAGGGGCCUUUAAUACUCACCCCGGGAUACUCACAUGCUUAGAAAGCAUGAAAACUGCGUUAGUCAAAAGCUUCACUACUUAUUGAACUAAAAGGCUUCAACACAAUCACGACAAAACAUUUUACAAUUUUGACGAAAGCAAGAAGGCGCCGUGUUCUAAUCCGUGCGCGCUCUCUUUAGCUUGGAAACAAACUUCUGUUCGGGUGCCGUAGAAGAAGGUAAUGGCAAAUCAACCAUCAAUACCUGGUUUCUAACGCAUUUUAUUUUAUCGACUGGAAGUAUUAGCAUUUUGCUAUUUUUUCUGGUCUGCUCCACUUGAGCAUUCAGGCCGGCUUUCCGCCUUUGCUCUCCCCCCCCCCCCCCACCCUUCCCUCCUAUUAAUCUCUAGGGUUUCUACCCUGUUUCCCCCGUGCCCCCUCAUCCACGUGAAUCAUUUUCUAAUCGGUCUUGCUGCUUCUUUGCAGCUUACCGGCAGCCCAGAGGAGGCUUUAGCCCGUGCAAUUUUUAUGGAGUUGAACGACGCUUGGGCAAUAUUUGAACAAGAAGGAUCCCAAGCGUUAUACUAGCGAAUUAUUUUCAUGAAUUUAGCACGAUAAGUGUUGAAGUAAGGGAUAGCGAGAGGGAGGGUCCAAGCAAGUGCGAAGCUAGUUUUCAUUAUGAUAUGAUCAAUAGAAUGGCAAGCGGACACAGUGUUUUAAGUUUACACCCUUGCAAACGCGCCCAGUUUUAAUGGCCAACAACAUUCAACAUUAAUGAGUCCCAAUAUUACUGGCCAACCAAAUUAUGUCCAUCCGAUAUUAACGCACCAAUCAUCGUUGGCAAGCAACUGCCAACAUAAAUGUAACCAUCUUUGUCCUCCAGGGACCAAAGUAUAGGCAUGAAUGUUACUUAGAAACUUCGUCUAACAUUAUUGGCCAGCAGUUUCAAAAUUAAUGUCCCCAACUUUGUUGGCAAACAACCGCCAACAUUNCCCCCCCCCCCCCCCUCUACCCUUGCUGACUAUAAAUCUCUAGGGUUUCUACCCUGUUUCCCCCGUGCCCCCUCAUCCACGUGAAUCAUUUUCUAAUCGGUCUUGCUGCUUCUUUGCAGCUUACCGGCAGCCCAGAGGAGGCUUUAGCCCGUGCAAUUUUUAUGGAGUUGAACGACGCUUGGGCAAUAUUUGAACAAGAAGGAUCCCAAGCGUUAUACUAG